CAUUUCACCUUGUUAUCGGAUCCCUCAGGGGCCCUGAUUCAAGGCAAAUUCGAGACCUAUCUCCAGGAUCUCCUCCGACUACCAAUCAGUGUGUUUGAAGGGCCGAAUUUCUUCUAUACACCCCAAGCAGCACAAGCAAUGCUCAGUGGGGCAAGUGAAUUUUUGCGAUCGAAAAACAUUCUGAUUGAAGAUUUUCUGGAACGCAUGUUGGCUGAUCCAGGCCCCCAGCUGCUUGUAUGGCUAACAAUCUUCCAUCGACUGGCUGCUGUUGAAAACAUACGACACAACGUUCGCUGCGAAGGAUGUAAACGUGAACCGUUGUUUGGACUUCGUUACAAAUGCACUCGGUGUCAACACUACAAUCUUUGUCAAGAUUGUUUUUGGACCGGGGUGACCACGGAGCCACACACGAACGCACACGACGUGAAAGAAUACAGCUCAGCAUCCAAAUCUCAUUCUCGACAGUUUGGGCAUUCUCUGCGGAAAUCUUUCCAACUCGGUCGUUUCACUGGGAGUGGACCUCAAGCACCGGGUAAUGUGACUCCCAGUCAGACCGUUUCAGACAGGUCAAAUGGUGCCCACCUCAACAAACGUCCCCCAUUAGGUUCAAUAUUUGAAUGGAAUUCAGCACCCGCUUGUUUUGAUGCAACUAAUGUUACACGAAACGGCAGCAUGCAGACCUAUGCAGGGGUUAACCCACACACCGAAAUCGUAUCCAACGUCCCAAUAGGAGCAGUUCAAAGCUCAAUGUCUCUGUCAUAUCGUCCGCAACUGCCUACCACUUCAAUCCGAAGUCCUUUACCCCACCGGCGACUUCAACAGCUGAAUCCUCUAUUCUUGUCUCCAGCAACUCAUCCUUCUUUUGGUAAUCAGCCGGUUGCAAAAGCAAGUAACAUGCAGUACACUACGAGUCCAAUCAUGCCACCCGGAAGCGCUUUACCUUUGCCUCCCAACCCUAACCCUCAGAUGAUGACUGGAGUGCGAGAAUUCGACAAUACCCUUGCUGCUGGAACGAGACCAGGUGCUAACGAAAGUUUAUCGGGGGUACAAUCCGAACCAUGGAGUGCACGGAUCCCAGAACGUCCACAGAUGGCUCCUGCUGGCCCCGGGCAGCCAAUGCCUUCUGUCAUGUUCACCAGCUCGGGUAACGUGGGUCGCAACUUAGACUUUCAGUGUCGCGAAGAACACGAGCUGAUUGCACGCUAUGCAGCUCAACUGGCUGCAGCAUCUGCGUUCAACACAGAAUUUGAGAAAUUCGGCGAUCUUCCGGACUCCCCUCAGACGCAACAACAGCUAAUUGCAGAGCUACAGGCUAAGAACAGGAAAAUUCUCCGAGAGAUUGAACGACUGAGGAUUGAGCAACAAAAACAAGCGGCGGUCAUAGCGGCAGCUGGAGCUCCCAAGUCGGGUAUCGCUAAAGACCUGGAUUUGCAGCAUGAACGGGCCCUCAGCCCAAAGACCAUCUCUCAGUUCAAUUCCCAAGAUGAAGUGCAGGCGGUUGGUGAGAAUCCUAAGCUGGUCAGUGAACUGAAUGUUCUGCGUCAGCGAAAGGACGAUUUGGAAGCUAGAAUGAAUAACUUACAGCGUAAUCGGACGGAAUUGACUCUACAACUGGAAGCUCUUGUGCGACUCUUAUCCCUGAGUGGGGGCAUGACAACGGUUGCGCAACAAACCGCCGGGUUGCGUCUUUUGUCCCCCGAUACAACGACGCCAAAUAAAUCCCUCAGAAGCAUGCUUCCUGGAACUCCAUUGGCUGAUAUUCGGUUAGGUCAUCAGUCCCGCACUGGUACGGUGCGCCCAGAAUAUCCACCUAGGCGAAGUUCUAGUCUUUGUCACGGCAGUACUGAUCGAGGAGGGAAAGGACCACAGUUGGCCUCUAGUUCCGUUAUGGAUUCAAAACAUGAACACAAGCGGUACGUCAGAAACCUCUCGUUGACCACAUGGGAAGAUAUGAAACCCACGGACAGACCAGCGACUGCGGCUGACCUCUUACGGAAAAAUUUACUCUCACCAAUCAGUGAUCUCAUUACCGAGUCUAGCCUGACAAGAAGCCCGUUCAACCCGGAGCCAUCAACCAGAGGAACCAUCAGCACCAGUACAUUUUCGGACAGGCCCGAAAACCGUUCAGCGAAUUUGGUCAUCUCAUCCACGAGCUCAAGUAACCACAACACCACAAGUGUUGGCAGCAAGUUUCCUCACAGCAACGCAAACAAACCUAAGCAGUGUAUGUUGCAAGAAACAAGCGACAAACCUGUUAUCCAUCCCUUCCUAAGUGGGAAGCAGCGUCACAUUAAACCGAUGCAAUCGAGCGCCACGCUUGAAGCCAAACUGACGAAACUGGGAAUUCCCACUUGUUUGAUUGUUCGAAAUCAUAUCCAUGAAAACAGUGAUCAAGUCAAUUCGCUCCCUCAGGUAACACACAUGAAAUGUCCUGUCUCCGGUUGCAGUGAACAGUAUUUUGUAUACUUGCUUAUCAUUUUCUCUUCAUGCAACGGCACACCCCGCCAUCAAAGAUCACCUCAAAUUAUGUUG